AUGUGCGAUAUGAUGCCCCAGGAACCUCCUUGGAAGCCAAAUGGAGAGCAUAGCCUGGAAAAGGGCUUCCCUGAGAGCUCAGUUGGUAAAGAAUCUGCCUGCAAUGCAGGAGACCUCGGUUUGAUUCCUGGGUCAGGAAGAUCCGCUGGAAAAGGGAUAGGCUACCGACUCCAGUAUUCUUGGGCUUCCCUGGUGACUCAGCUGGUAAAGAAUCCACCUGCAAUGCGGGAGACCUGGGUUCGAUCCCUGGGUUGGGAAGAUCCCCAAGAGAAGGGAAGAGCUACCCACUCCAGUAUUCUGGCCUGCAGAAUUCCAUGA